GGUCGCAUUGUUGUGUCGCCGCGUCUCGCGAACGCGUUAGUUUGUGUCGGCGGAGCUUCUACGUUCGUCGUUAUUCUGUUUUGUUUACGUUUUUUACUAUCUCUCAGCAUGUCGCGGAAUGCGAUAACAACGAAACAAUAACUUCGUCAGUUCGUUCAAUUCAAAAACGUUUCGACGCUUCGAAAUUUCAAAAUCGCGCGUUACGAUUGUCUUAAACUCUUGUGUUCAACGGUUAUCUCGCUUAUUGGAUUAUCGCAAACAAAAACAACUAGCAAAGUUAUUCAAUAAUUUACAAAACAAAAAACAAAUUGUAAACGUGUUAAGUCGAUGUGUCAUGGUGUAAAAACGAAUUUUUCGAAGCUUUUUCGAUGUUUGUAAGUUGAGCGCGCUGUGCAUUGUUGAAUUUUUGUGCAUUGUGCAUGUGUUCUAUUGGAAGUUGCGCCGGGGUGCUGGAGUUUGGAUUGUUCGCUCGAGUGAAGGAAAGGAAUUCGGAGAAGACCCGCAAACGGCUUUACGGUGACGUUGUUUUGCGUGCCUCGACAAAAACGAUCAUCUCAGGGCGAAUGCGUAUGUACCUUUAUUAUUCUUCUUCAAAAAGACAAAAAACCAUGAGUAAAAACAUGUAGCGUGAUGGGAUGAUCGGGCUGCAAGAAAACGGGUCCACGGCGCCCCCACGAGCGCCGGGCUCGCGAUCUCGUGAGAGGGCCGCACAGGCAGUGGAAUAUUACAAUACCCACCUGCAGAAAGCUCGUGUAAACGCAGGUCUAGCCGCCCCUCGUGCUUCGUUCAACGAUCGACAUCACCAGCAGCGUUCGGGUAGUGGCAGCGGCCGCCAGCAACUGCAUCACCUAAACCCUGACCUGCUCUACCGCAGUAAUUCCAGUUUAGAACUUGUGGAUUUACACGCGGCGCGCCCCUCGAACAACCGAUCGCCAUCUUCGGCCGGGGCUACACUCAAAAGGGAGUACGGUAGUCACGGAUCCAUUGACGUGAUUGAUCGUCCUGGUCCUGGGUCGGCGGGUACCACCAGCGAGUCUUUCUUUGCCAUGUUGCAGGACUACAGACCAACGGUUUUGGGUUCAAUUUGUACGGAUCAACGCUCGCCGGGACCGAAUGAAUAUCUUCGCGGGAAAGUAGACGCCUCUGACGGUGUGUCACACUCCAGCCACCAGUCCAACCACUGCAUCGACGAUAAUCAAACACCACAGAGUCCAAAGCUGCGCAUGAAGUUGUCCCGUCUCUGGGGUAGUGGUAGUGUGAAUAACAACUCGGUAAAAAGUCAACGGAACGUAAUGGCGGCCGCGAUGGAUGACAGCGUUGUGAAUAGCAAUAGCAGUACCAGUGUUGUGGUGUCUGCUGAAGCGGAAGAGAUUGCUAGACGUCGAGCUUUCGCUCAUUAUGACUGUCAAUCUUUGACGACUCAUUUGGGGUACGCCGUGCGUAUUAGAAGGAAUUUAUUGGCGAAACGCAGAAAUACUACGACUGGUGCAUCGGCGGCAUCCAUGUUGAUUAGGUCAUCUACGCCGGAUGGGGAUUCGAAUGAUGAGGAUUAUGGUGAUGGGCAAGGUAACGAUUUGGUUGCGAGUUGUCCAUUCUUCCGGAAUGAAGUUGGUGGUGAGGAGGAACGUGUGGUGUGUUUGACGCGGAUGCAACACACUAAAAAUAGGGUCCUGCAUCGUCCCUAUUUGGCUUAUGGUGUGGCUGUUCUUGAAUACGGAAUUGGGGAGACUCACUGGAGGCAUUCGACUUGUCCGUAUCAAAGAUUACAAAGGCCGAUCGAGAAUGUUGAUCAGGGUGCUCACUACUACAGGAAACACUUUAAGGAUCAAGAACAUCAAAAUUGGUUUGGGAUUGAUGAACAACUCGGCCCGGUGGCGAUAUCAAUUCGUCGCGAAAAAAUUCCCCAGCCUGAGAAUCAAGCGUUGAUGAUUCAGUAUCAAUAUCGUUUGGUAAUCCGCACAUCUGAGUUGCUGACGCUGCGCGGCGCCAUUUUGGAAGACGCCAUUCCAAACAUCAAAGCAUCGAGCAGCAACAAAUCUCACAUCAACACCAAAGAAGUUCUAGAAUACGUAGCGCCCGAAAUUCAACUUAGCUGUCUUCGUUUGGGCACUCAAUCGCCUGUUGUGGAGGAUCAGUUGGUUAAACUUGAUGAACAGGGCUUGACAAACAACUAUAAAGUUGGUAUUAUGUAUUGCAAAGCGGGGCAAUCAAGCGAGGAAGAGAUGUAUAAUAACGAAGAAGCUGAUCCUGCUUUCACUGAGUUUUUGGAGACGAUUGGUAAAAAGGUGCGACUGAAAGGUUUUGAGAACUACAAAGCUGGGCUCGACUAUAAAACUGACUCUACUGGUUUGUACUCAAUUUACUCUCAGUACAAGGAGUGCGAGAUCAUGUUCCACGUGUCGACGAUGCUACCAUUUACGAAAAGCAAUCGGCAACAACUGCUGCGCAAACGUCAUAUUGGCAACGAUAUUGUGACGAUUAUUUUCCAGGAACCAGGCGCUUUGCCGUUUACACCCAGGGGAAUCCGCUCGAAUUUCCAACAUGUGUUUAUUAUUGUUAGAGCGAUUAAUCCGUGCACGGAGAAUACACUGUACAGCGUCGCCGUGAGUCGAUCCAAAGAUUUGGAACCUUUUGGUCCGCCCAUUAAGGAGGGUGCAGUUUAUCCAAAAGGCAAAGCUUUCGCCGAGUUCUUGUUGGCAAAGGUCGUAAACGCGGAGAAUGCUGCACAUCGGUCGGAGAAGUUUGUAACAAUGGCGACGCGUACUCGACAGGAGUACAUUAAGGAUUUGGUUGCGAAUCAUGCUACAACUACUCCAGUUGAUAUGGGCGGUGGUAAAUUUAAUUUGUUCAGCAAGAAAAAAGAAAAGAUUCGUCUUAGAUUUAUCCCUGACAUCUCCCAACGCGGCGCAAUUUUGUGGCAGGUUCUUUUGGAAGAUUCGGGUCAAUCUCAGCGCAUCGAAUGUUUUCUGGGUAUUUCUGCGGACACUCUUGUUCUAAUUGAGGAACUUUCACGCCAAAUCGUUUUUGUCGCGCCGUGCAAAUCAAUUCUUGGCUGGUCGCACGGUUCUGACUAUUUAAGGAUCUACCAUCAUCAAGGUGAAUGCCUUACCUUUUACAUGCGCGAUACCAAUGUUGAACGCGAUGAGUUGAUGGAAGUAAUAGAUCGUCUUAAAGCGGUAACUCAGGGCGUGAAAGUCGAAAAGUUGAGUCUCAAUCGAAACAUUAUGAAACAAUUGGGUUUUCAUGUUCAACCUGAUGGUAUUGUCACUCUCGUUGAAAGUUCAGGCCCAGCAGCGAUUGCCGGUUUGCAAAAGUUCUCCCGACUAGUUGAAAUUUGCAAAGUAGCUGUCUCAACACUGACGUAUGACCAGAUGGUCGAUUUGUUGAAGACUUCUCAGACGGUAACUUUAACUGUGAUACCGCCGAUCAGCGACACCCAACCUCGUAAGGGAUGUACCUUACCGAAUUGUAAGUACACCGAAGGCAACUACGAAGCGGAUUAUGAGAAUCCCGAAGAGCAGAAGACACGCAAAGCGCCACAGAGGCAACAGGCCGUACCUGGUAAUGUCAAAGUGUACGAUAGAAGUUUUUCCCCUCCGCGAUCAAGUAAUAGCAGUGGCUAUGGUACUGGAAACAGCAAAAAGUCUUUUUUAGGCGGGGAAUCUAGGUAUCCCAAUGAUGCCGCAAAUCCCAUGGACGAGGAGCGAUGGAUUGAGGAAGAUAAGUCGGUGUACAAAACCUUGAACACUUUCCCAACGCCGUCCAAACGCAACAAUGGGCAGAAUGGCACUCAUGUCGCUCCUAAGGGUUCAGUCUCUAAUCAGGGGUCUAAUUUGCAAUUGUCCCAAUCGCACAAUCACUUUCCGCAUGUGCAACACAACAAAGUGCAUGCCAGUCAUUCACUGCCAUUACAGCAUGUGAAUUAUACUCAACCGCUAUCGGCAGCGUUGCACAGUAACACGGACUACGAGAGCUACAAGUUUGAUAAAAACAAUCUCCUAAAGCAACACAACGAACGUCAACGCGGCGAAAGAGUCGCAGAGAAUGACGAAUACAUUGUAACGCGUCCGAACAUCCGAUCCGAUUACACCACCAUCACUCAAAUUGGCCACGUUGGCAAUGGCGAUGGUCAUUCCACAGAUAGCUCUAUCAGUGACCGCCUGUACGGGGUCGGAAGUGAGGAGGAGCUUUCUAAUGGCAGCGGAAAUGUCUCACCCCGUGGUACGCGAAGGGCAAAACAUCUGGGAAGCAUGUCUAUGUCGUCUAGUAGGAAUCAAUCUCCCAGGUCGGUCAACGGUGAAGCCAAACUCCGUCCGGGUGUAACUUCCCGCACAGCAAAUCGUAACAGCGCUAAUAUUUCUAACAAUUUACAAGAAGAACUGAUAAGAUUGAUCAGUCCUGACAAUAUUGAAAAUGGUGAAGAUCGGAAUGACCAUCAUCCGAGGGAGAGAAACGGGGUAACUGGAAAUACGGUCACAUCCAAGAAGGAGAGCAAGAGUCGAAGUCGCGAAAAUUUAAAUAACGCCCCUUUGUCUGUUCACAAGGGCCCGGAAGUGAUUUUUACCACAGCCCGCCCAGCAACAGUCAUUUCCAACUCCAGCACCACCUCCAGUCCACUCUCAGGAGAGUUCAAGAGCAAUACAAUGGAUAGACUUUCCCCUCGAGUGACGAGUCCUAGCAAAAAAUUAACCGUAGGCUCAGUUGGACCAGAAACCAUCCUGUUGCCACAGGAUAUGGACUGGAAUAGCCUCGUGGAUACCGCUAAUCGAGUCGUGGGAACCACGGAAGGCGGUAAGGACGAAAGACAUCGUUGGAGCGACAACGGGGCUCAGGAUGUUUCCAUCAAUUCGAAUAUUACAACCAGUUCCAGCGUUCCCGAGCUGCGCAGUCACGACAAUGAUCUGGAGUCCCGUUUCACGCAUGAAAUCAGGCGUAGAUUGUCGCUCGAGGAGGAGGUGAGGCGUCUCAAGGACGAAAACCGGAAGUUGCAGGAUCAAGCCCAUGCCGCCAUCCAACAACUGCGGAAAUUCACUGAGUGGUUUUUCAAGAAUGUCCAAAGCCAAUGAUCAUGCACAUCUUCAUUACUUUGCAACAAAAUGCAUGAUACUCUUUCAUUUAGGAACUGUUGGGCGCAAAUUCGAACAUGACUAAGAAAUCUCUAAACAGAAGCCUCAUCUUUUAAUAUUUAACGGUUACAGGCAGUAUGUAUUUGUAAUUUUGUACAUAUUCAAAUUUUAAGUAUUAUAUCACGUCGAUUCUUUCGUGCGACCAGACAAGCUAAAUUGCUCUGACCAGGUGCAGGUUGAUCGAAUCGAUGAAUUCCAAAAGUAUUACUAAGCUAUUACAUGUAAUUUUUAAUUUAACCACGUAACUUAUAUUUAAGACUCGUUUUUAGAGUUACCACAUAAUUUUUUCACACAUUUCGCAAUCCAAAGUUUAAUUUCUUAAUGCUAACUGUAACAAUAAUGCAAGAAGAUGUUAUUUAUUGCUAGUUAAAUAUCAAAAACUUUGCAAACAUUGCGAAUUUGAUUUGUACAGCGUAUGUAAACUCAGAUUUGUAGUAGGUUUUUAUAUUUGCUGACAGCGAUCACGCUCGCCCAUUUUCAAUUUAUACCUGUAAAUAUUUACAUAUUUUCGUUGAAAUUUUGUUUUAUGUACAUUCUGCGAAACGUAAAUUGUAUUAUUAAAUCGCCUAUACUUAUCGAUAUCAAAUUGCGACUGUAUCUUAUGAAUAUAUAUCAAAAACAUCACUUAACGAAUGCAAAAUACUUAAAACAAUACGAACUUUUUAUAUGAAUCAAAAUUCGUGCAACACGACCGUAUCUUAUGAUUACAAUAUAAAUAUCUGUAUUAAUCACGACAUGAUACACAAUAUGAUAUAUACAAGUAGAUAUUCGUAUGAGGAAAAUUGAUAAGAUGAUAAUUAGUUAUUUGAAUAUUAUUAAUUAUUAGGAGAUUUUUAUCUAUUUAAUGAGACACCAAACAUUUUUAUUGUUAAUUAUAUUAUUAUACAUAUAGAAUAUUAAAAACAUAUUCUUAUUGAACGUUUUUAGCGUAAGUUUUAAAGUUUUAACUUUGUAUUAUUAUUUUAAUAAAUCAAUUAUUAAAUCAAACGCAUACUCAAAAUCUCAGUAAAAAGGAUCGGUAAUUUUGGUUUACAUUUUAAAAACAAGCGCAGAAUUGUAAUCAGCAAACGAAAUUUUAUUUAAAAGUGACCUGUUAUAUGUUAAUUAUAUUAUUACAAAAAUUAUACAUAUAAUGAUAAAA